CAUGCCCUUUUUCUCUAGAAGUUGACGCACGCGCUUCCUUAAUCCUUCCAUCCUCCCCUUUCCCAAAGAAAGUGACUCCAGUUUUUUUUUUUUUUUUUUUUUUAUCACCUUCUCUUCUUUCACACUCAAGCACGUUUUCAAAUUCCAGCAUUCCACGCAAACCCCAAUUGGCAAAGCAUUGGUGUACCCGCCCACACAAUUUGUUUGUUUUAUUUUGUUUAACUUUUCUUUUGGAUUUGAGGUUUCUUUGUUUGUCUUUUUCUUUAUGCAUGCUGUGCUGGCAGAAGUUGUUCUUGGAAGAAGCUAGUUGUUGUUUCUCGUAGAGGGUUAUAUAAUCACUGUGAUAUGAUUAUUACCCAGUUGGAGAAUCUUGAAUAUUCUGGAAAAGUUCUGUGUUUUUCGCUAAGUGCUGUGAAUGGUGGGGUUGUUUGUUUUAGUUAGAAUUUGUUUGAUUUUAAAGGUUAGAACUUGCAAUCUUGAAUGAGGUUUUUCACUAGGAUUUGUUGGGGUUAUUAGAGAAGAGAUAUUUUGUUGGCAGAUCUGUCAGAAUUUGUAGGGUGACCGUUGAGGUGCUUUAUCAGGAUCAUUUUUUGGAAGGAAGAUGGUUGGAAGCAAUGGGAAUGCACAUUCAAAUGGCUCUCUUUUGAAUGUUAAUGGGGGUAGUUUAGAAGAGAAGGUUGAUGAGAUUCGUGGGCUUCUUGGGAAAGUGGAGGGUGAUCCAUUGAGAAUAGUUGGUGUAGGAGCUGGUGCUUGGGGUAGUGUGUUUAUUGCUAUGCUGCAGGAGGCUUAUGGUAGUUUAAGAGAAAAAGUUCUGAUAAGGAUAUGGAGAAGGCCGGGAAGAAUGGUUGACAGGGCCACGGCUGAGCACUUGUUCGAGGUGAUCAAUUCAAGGGAGGAUGUACUGAGGAGACUUAUUAGGAGGUGUGCAUAUUUAAAAUAUGUCGAGGCUAGAUUAGGUGAUAGAACACUUUAUGCAGAUGAGAUUUUGAAAGAUGGGUUUUGCCUGAAUAUGAUUGAUACCCCUCUGUGCCCUCUGAAGGUUGUGACAAACCUGCAGGAGGCUGUGUGGGAUGCUGAUAUCGUGAUUAAUGGCUUGCCAUCAACGGAAACUCGUGAGGUGUUUGAGGAAAUUAGUAAGUACUGGAAAGAGAGAAUCACUGUCCCUGUCAUUGUAUCCUUGGCAAAAGGUGUAGAGGCUGAAUUGGGCACUGAGCCACGGAUAAUAACACCAACUCUAAUGAUCAAUCAAGCAACUGGCGUUCCCUUGGACAGCAUCCUUUAUCUUGGAGGACCGAACAUUGCCUCAGAAAUUUACAACAAGGAAUAUGCAAAUGCUCGGAUAUGUGGGGCAGAAAAAUGGAGGAAAACAUUGGCAAAGUUUUUGAGGCAACCUCACUUUAUAGUGUGGGAUAAUGGUGAUCUUGUUACUCAUGAAAUCAUGGGUGGAUUAAAGAAUGUAUAUGCUAUUGGAGCAGGAAUGGUAGCUGCUUUAACAAAUGAAAGUGCCACCAGCAAAUCUGUAUACUUUGCUCACUGUACUUCAGAGAUGAUUUUUAUCACUCAUCUAUUGGCAGAAGAACCAGAAAAACUUGCUGGGCCACUUUUGGCUGAUACUUAUGUAACCUUGUUGAAAGGUCGUAAUGCGUGGUAUGGACAGAAGUUGGCCAAAGGGGAAUUGAGCCUUGAAAUGGGUGACAGUAUCAAGGGCAAGGGGAUGAUUCAGGGAGUCUCUGCUGUUAGGGCCUUUUAUGAGCUACUUAGCCAGUCCAGCUUAAAUGUCCUAAAUCCUGAAGAGAACAAGCAUGUAGCCCCAGUGGAGCUCUGUCCCAUCUUGAAGAUGUUAUACAGAAUAUUGAUAAUAAGGGAAUAUCCAGCCCAGGCCAUUCUUGAAGCAUUAAGGGAUGAGACAAUGAAUGAUCCCCGUGACCGCAUUGAGAUUGCCCAAAGCCAUGUGUUUUAUAGGCCAUCUCUUCUUGGUCACAAGCCUUAGAGUGUUUGUUUUUACGUUUAAAAGUUUCAAACUACAGUUUAACUCAAUGAGACAAUGACACUAGACCCUUGGAUUGGGGUGUAAAUGCAUUGGAACUCUGUAAUGUGAAAUAUUGACACACCUAGUCUAAUUGGUUUGGAAGUAAAUUUCGAGACUUGGUAAUAGUAUUUGUAAAUAUCAAUGCAUUUUAUUCUUAUGCAUGAUUUUUUGUUGGAA